CCGGAAGUGUCCUUCCCGUCCGCUUCGACGUCAUGUCAAAUCGAUCUAGGAUACUUUUUGUUUGUUUGUUUCCCCGUACUGUCACUUAUUAAAGAAAGCGUCUCCUCACGACCGCAGCGUCCCCGGUGGGGGGAAUAGAUCUACUUUUGAACUUUUCACUGUACUACAGUGAGAAAUUCAAUAGCUGUAUUUCCUGAAAACAUCAAAAGAAGGAAUAUGUCAGUGACAUUGCAUACAGAUGUGGGUGAUAUUAAAAUAGAAAUCUUCUGUGAGAGGACACCCAAAGCAUGUGAGAAUUUCUUGGCUCUUUGUGCCAGUAAUUACUACAAUGGCUGUAUAUUCCAUAGAAAUAUCAAGGGUUUCAUGGUUCAAACAGGAGAUCCAUCAGGUACUGGAAGAGGAGGUAACAGUAUCUGGGGCAAGAAGUUUGAGGAUGAAUACAGUGAAUAUCUCAAGCACAGUGUUAGAGGUGUUGUGUCUAUGGCUAAUAAUGGCCCAAAUACCAAUGGGUCUCAGUUCUUCAUCACCUAUGGUAAACAGCCACAUCUGGACAUGAAAUACACAGUAUUUGGAAAGGUAAUAGAUGGUCUGGAAACUCUAGAUGAAUUGGAGAAGUUACCAGUAAAUGAGAAGACAUAUCGACCUCUUAACGAUGUGCACAUUAAGGACAUAACUAUUCAUGCCAACCCAUUUGCACAGUAACUAUAAUGGCCCUUGGCAAAUAGUUGGCAAACUCUUUGAGAACACGCCUAUUGUGGUUUGCCCAGUUUGUUAUGUCAGAGACUGUGUUAUCCUUCUGCUUGUUUACUCCUACGAGUUGGUGGUACCAAGAGAAGCCAACAUCUUUCACUCUUAUUCUUAAGAGGGUUUACUGUACACUGGGGGACUAAUAAAAUAUUCCUUUAUUUUUUUAA